AUGCACUUUGCACGACAAGGAAAAGAGAAGGAUCGACCGAACGACAAGCCAGUGAUAUCGUUGCCGAGUAAUUUCGAACACACCGUUCAUGUUGGUUAUGAUCCUCAAACGGGCGAAUUCACGGGUAUGCCACCAAUGUGGGCACAGCUGCUGCAGAGUUCGCAGAUCAGCAAACAAGAACAGCAACAGAAUCCUCAAGCCGUUCUCGAUGCUCUCAAAUAUUUCACGCAAAAUGAUUCACAACAAAAAUGGCUACAGCCAUCCUCCAACUAUGACGGAACGUCACCCCGUCCUAGUAUAGGACAACAAGUUUGCUCGUCAUCGAGUGGUUCAUUAACAGUGAUGGUGCCAUAUUCGAGUGCAUCGUUACCAAGGCAGGCGAAUGUCAGUAACCAUCGACAUUAUCAGAAUCAUAUACCACCUCAUAUACAAUCCUCUUUACAAACCUAUCAAUCCAAUUCCAGUUAUAUUGGAAUCGGUGGCAAAACUAUUAUUCCUACUGGAAUAAUUCAUAUCGCAGGUAUAUCCAGCUCACAAACGGGUUUACCACCAAAGGGUGCGAUGUCCUCGCAAAGUGGCUAUCCUCCUUUGCCUGGUAGUUCACAUUUAUCAUCGAGUAGCAAUAGUAAUUCAUCACAAAGUUCUUCACUCAACGAACAACGAUCCUCAAUUCCUCCGGGUUACACCCCACCAUCGGUUCCCGAAGACGACUUAGACGAUACCCCUGCACCUCCAAUUCCCGAUCGACCAGCACGUACCAUAUCAAUUUAUACAAAACCGAAGGAGGAAGAAGAGAAAACAGAUUUGAGUAGUGCAUUGCUGGGCGGUAGUUUUAAUAUUGGAAGUAGUCGAAGUGCUGGAACUCGACGCAAGAAGAUGACUGAUGCGGAGGUAUUGGCGAAGUUAAGGACUAUCGUUACGAUCGGAAAUCCGGAUCGAAAGUAUCAAAAAGUCGAAAAAAUCGGAUCUGGAGCGUCUGGAUCAGUGUUUACUGCAAUUGAGAUCAGCACAGGUGCAGAAGUGGCAAUCAAACAAAUGAAUUUAGCGCAACAACCGAAAAAAGAGUUGAUUAUCAAUGAAAUUUUGGUGAUGCGUGAGAAUAAACAUGCUAAUAUUGUGAAUUAUUUGGAUUCAUACCUUGUUGGGGACGAUUUGUGGGUUGUUAUGGAAUAUUUGGCUGGAGGUUCAUUAACAGAUGUUGUAACUGAAUGUCAAAUGGAAGAGGGUAUGAUCGCCGCUGUUUGUAGAGAGGUACUUCAAGCACUCGAAUUCUUACACAGUCGCCAUGUGAUUCAUCGGGAUAUAAAAUCUGACAAUAUUUUGCUGGGUAUGGACGGGUCUGUGAAACUGACUGAUUUCGGAUUUUGUGCCCAAAUAAGUCCCGAGCAAAGCAAACGAACAACGAUGGUCGGCACUCCGUAUUGGAUGGCACCGGAGGUGGUGACCCGAAAGCAGUACGGUCCUAAAGUGGACGUGUGGUCGUUGGGCAUUAUGGCCAUCGAGAUGGUUGAGGGAGAACCGCCAUAUCUCAAUGAAAAUCCUCUCAGAGCCAUAUACUUGAUCGCGACAAAUGGUAAGCCAGAUUUUCCGUCACGUGAAGCAUUGUCACCAACUUUCCGUGAUUUCAUCGAUUGUGCGCUUGAGGUGAGUGUUGAGGAACGAUACUCAGCCUCACAGCUGUUGACGCAUCAUUUCUUGAAAUGUGCUAAACCACUCGCAAGUUUAUAUCAUUUGAUAAUUGCUGCUAAAAAGAGUAUUGCCGCUUCUUCAUAA